AUAGACAACGACAUCAAGUGCAGCUUGACUUUUAGUGUAAAAGUCAAGUAAUAUCUAUAUAUUAUAAAAAAUAUAAAAAAAGAGCAAGCGUUUCAUUCGCCGACUGACAACUACGUAUUACACUUGCUCUGUACAUAUAUACAUGUAUAUUAAAAUUAAUAAAAAAUAAAAAAUCACUACGUUCGAUACUCACAAUUACGCUCUGCGACUUCCACAAUCUUAUACCACAGUUUAUUUACAAUGACAACUACGGUACUCUUUUUAAAUAAUUAAAAUACAAGUAUAAAAAUUUAAUUGCUGUGAAUAAUCUUGACCAAAAAUGGCUGUGGAAAUUUUGGACGAAGAUCAUCUUGCAGUAAGUGCAAUAGUGACAAUUGGAAUGCAGUUGAUAUUUUUUUCAAUCGCUGCAACAUUUCAAAUGGACAAGGUUACUGAUUUUGCUGGUGGAAUGAAUUUUGUAAUAAUCGCACUCCUUACAUUUUUCCUCGGUCAGGAAGGAAAGGUUUACGACAGCAGACAAUUAAUGGUGACAAUAUUCGUUUGUCUUUGGGGGAUAAGAUUAUCAUCGUAUUUGCUCUAUCGAAUACUAAAAAUCGGUCGUGAUAAAAGAUUCGAUGAUAGACGCAGUAAUGUCAUCAGGUUUGCUGUAUUCUGGACCUUCCAAGCGUUUUGGGUUUACAUCGUAAGUCUUCCGGUGAUGAUUAUCAACUCACCACGUCACAGAGUUCCUUUUGCACCUAAAACAAUGACGACUUUGGAUAGCGCUGGUACUGGAUUAUUUAUUAUUGGUUUGCUGGCUGAAACCUACGCCGAUUUACAGAAAUUCGCAUUUAGGCAGGAUCCGCAUAACAACGGGAAGUGGUGUGACGAUGGAUUGUGGGGAGUGUCAAGACAUCCAAACUAUUUCGGUGAAAUAGUACUUUGGUGGGGGAUUUUCAUAAUAUCAAUAAAUGUUAUUGAAGGAUUUGAAUGGUUCGUCAUAGCGUCGCCUAUUUUUACAACUUUUAUAAUACUAUUUCUCUCAGGAAUGCCGUUACUUGAACGAGCUUCUGAUGAAAGAUAUCGAGACAAUGCAGAGUAUAGACAAUACAAACAAUCAACAUCACCACUGAUUCCAAUACCAGCAGCAAUUUACAGAGAAGUACCGGGUUUUAUGAAAUUUUUGCUGUGCUGCGAGUUUCCAAUGUACAAUUCAUUGGACGUGAAACCACGAUCAGCCGUCACGGAAUCAACAUCGAUUAGCCUCGCUGCGUCCACGUAGCUAUAAGCCCACGUCAGGUAUCAGCUGCGAUUCCUGGCGUGCUUAUUAACGAAUAUAUAAAUUUUUAUUUUAUGAGUUUUUAAAAGCUUGUUAAAAGUUUUUAAUUUCAAAUUAAAUUUAUUUUGUAUACAAAUGUAUACCCUUAUUUUUAUUUCAAAUUACGCACAAUUUUAUUUACUAUCAUCUAACAUCGACAACUAACUUAUAAAUAACGAUGAUAACUUUAUUUUUUAUACUCGUAUUAAUAAUUAUUUUUUUAUAUUUAAAUUUUAUUAACUAAUUAUUAAUUGUUUUGUAUUUUUAAAUUUAUUAAGUUAUUUAUUUAUACGGAUAAUCAUAAUAUAUAAUUAAUUGUCCACUUCAACGAUUAAUUUAAACGACAACAAUCGAAAAUCUUUUUAUAUCAUGAUAUACAAAAAGAUUUAUUCUAUAUACAUUAAUAUUAGAAACAACUGAAAUAUUAAUCAAAUUGCGCAAAUGACUUCGAUUGCCAAUGAUCAAAACAAAUAAGAUACAUCUCAAUAAAAGUGGGUGCCAAGUGGAAAAAA